UGUUUGCGACAAGAUCACUUCAUCAGUCUGUGGACGAGCAGUGAAACGCUGAGACUAUGUGAAAACGUUCUCGCGCUCAACAUCACGUUUCGCAAUAUUAUUUUUAUCAUGUUUGAGUGAAUCAGUGGGGAAUUUUCACGAAAAGUGUAAUUGUGAGAUAUAAAAAGGAAAAUCUCGUGGUGUGAUUCCAGCAAAAGGUGCUUUACGAGCGAAAUAUCAAGGCAUGAUUAACAUGCAAUUUCAUCUAAUUAUUCUCUUUGGACUUUUUAUGGCCAAUGUGUCAGGAUCGCCAUGGCCAAGGCGUCUCUCGGUGUCGUUCAUACCGAAUGGCUCGGGUAGCGCGUCCAAGGGGUUCAGGAGGAGCGUGACCACAGACGCGAGCGAUCAAAUGGUGUUCCUCAGCAGCGAAGAGCUGUCCAAUGAGUCGGACAUUGAGGCCCGAGUCUCGGUGGUGCCGAAAAGGACUCGCCCAAUAAGGCCACCAAGCUCGAACUACUCAGAGUCACCAAUGCAAAUUUAUAGGGAUGAAAAUGGUGAGCUUAAAUACAAAUAUGAACCAUCAAAUCACGUGAACAGUCAUGUAAGCACCAUAAAACCAGACUCAUCCUCUGCAACGCGAGGUAAGCGAGACAAGAUUUACUUUCCAGAGGAGAACAACUACACAAGUCCUCCGAAAAUCCCGAAGCCUGGAUGUGCAAGAGAUUCAACGUUUUGCCUGGAAGAUCACACUUAUCCCGCAUCUCGCAUUGAAACGCUCCUAGAGAAGGACUACAAGCAGUAUGCAGAGUUCCUAACUGAGGACUAUAUCACCGCAGAUCUGACGCAACGUAAUGAUAUUCCGGGCGAGGAGAGUCUGUGCGAGAGCUAUGAGAACAAGGUGUAUCCGAAAUCUGGCCAGAACAGAGAUAAUAAGUGGCUGUACAUAAUAAAUCAAAGCAACUUUACACAAGGUGUAAGAAUAGAGGAGUGCAGGCGAAGUGGCCAGUCUUGCUCCUUCUCCACACUCUUCCCGACAAAUUACGUCUCGGAGUGCAAGCAAAAGUAUCAAUAUCGCCAAUUGCUGGCCCUCGACGAACGAGGGGAGAUCAUAAAAGACUUCUUCAGAUUACCAUCUUGCUGCAAGUGCUACGUUCGGCAGGUCUAGGAGAAGGUUCAUCCUCAAAUUGUGAUAUACCAUUAAUUCAUCUAGUGAUAUUCCAAGCACCAAGACGCACAAUUCAAUAAAUGAGAGAAACGUUAAAUAUCCAAGAAAUAUUUACCGGGCAAUAACAGUUUCCGUGUAAGUUAAUUUAUUGUCGUUUGUCAUAUUACUUACAUGCAUUUAUGACAUGAUUUUUUCUUAGAGAGAAAAUAAAUCAGGAUUUGAGUAAAGCUAAUGGUGAAAAUUUGAAUUCAGAAAUUGUAAUUAAGACUACAUUAGAAACUCAUCAUCUAUGGAAUAAUACUAACACGAAUUAGUAGUUUUUUGCUAGAUUCUCUUUUAUAGUUUAUACUAGUCGAUGUGAGUAAAAUUUGUAGCAGGUACAAAGCAAGUGAAUGUAAAAAUGAAAUUGCGUGUAAAUAAAUAAAAUAGCCCAAGAAUGGAGAUGUCAGUCAGCGGCAUAAUAUGUAUAGUGUCGAAUAAAAAGGCGAUAGCAAUAAA